AUGAGUGAUUUGAGAGAAAAGUCGACAAAUCUGUCGAGUCCUCCAUCAAUGACAACAUGGGAUCCAAACAAAUCAUUUCGACAUAAUCUCCAACUUUUACUCCAUUCCUAUCGCUUCCAGAUAUUCAUUGUUGUAUUGGUUGUCAUCGACUGUAUAGUUGUGGUCACGGAAUCGUUAAUUGAUUUGCAGAUCUAUCGCAAUGAAUACAACACAACACAUACCAGAGAUAUCAGUGAAUACCAUAAGACAGCCCAUAGUAUAUCAGAAGUGUUGCAAUACAUUAGUAUCGCUAUUCUCGUCAUCUUUACGAUAGAAAUAGUAUUAAAAGUGUUUGCCUUUCGGUGCGAGUUCUUCAAGAAUCCAUUUGAAUUGUUUGACGCCAUUAUUGUGAUCACAUCUCUGGGUCUGGACAUCAUCUUCAGUCAAAACGCUGAUAUGAAACGAUACAUAAGUCUAAUGAUUGUAUUGCGUUUGUGGCGAGUGAUAAGAGUGGUUCACGGGAUCAUUAUAUCAGUGAGAAUGCCAUUGGAGGCCGUCAUUUCGUCUAAUUUAGUGAUCCAAAGGCAACACAAUUUGGGAAAAUGUUGUUCAUAUGGGAACUGA